GCUAGCUGCUAGCUCUACCAUAUGUGAAACAAAGAUGGCCAAUUUUCAAGGUCUUGUAAAACCCAUUCCCUUGCUUUCUCUUUAUCUUCUACUAGCCCUCCUUUCCUACCUUGCCUAUGCUGAUCCUCCUUAUCAGCUAUGCCCAAACAAUACCAGUAUCUAUGCAAAUAACACUCCCUUUCAGAAAAACCUCAACAAUCUACUCCAAUCUUUGGUCUCAAAUGCUUCUGCUUCUAAAUUCUUCAAUACCACUUCCGGAAAUUACCCAGACGAAGUUUUCGGUUCGUACAUGUGCCUCAACUAUGUUACGAACCAAAGUUGCCAGGAUUGCAUGGUAACUGCCUCUCAGGCAAUUGUUAGUCUCUGUCCCCAAAUGAAAGAGGCUGUUGUGUAUGAGGAAGUAUGUCAGUUGCGCUACUCAAAUCGGAAUUUCUUCGGCCAAUUGAAUGUCUCCGGCAACAUUGGCAAAGGCAAUCAUUUCCAUAUUUCGGAGCCGGAAAAGUUUAAGUCGGUUGUGAAUAAGACGUUGCAGAAUCUUACUAAGGAAGCAGCUUUUAAUCUCUCAGCCAAAAUGUAUGCUGUUGGACAUGUUCCCUAUACUGAUAGAACCUUAUUGAGAACCUUAUAUGCUCUAGUGCAGUGCGCUAGAGACUUGUCGGCCAAUGACUGUGAUAUAUGCCUCCAAAAGGCCAUUGAAGACAUUUUAUAUGAGUAUUACUUUUCCAUUGGUGCAAGACUCCUCAGCCGCAGCUGCUACUUGCGGUAUGAGCUUUACGGGUUUUAUAAUGGUGAAACUGAAGCUGAUACUAAUUUUACUUCAGCCCCUAAUGCUAGGAAAAAGGAAGAGGGUGGUGGGAAAACGCAGAAAAUCACAAUAAUAGCUUCUGUAGCAGCAUUCGUGGCAAUAGUAUUUCUGGGUUCCUGUUUCUACUUUUAUGGAGUUAGCAAGAGAAACAGAAAAAGAUUACCCAUGUGCCACAAUCAAAAUUUCCAAAGCAGAAAUGUUGACCCCAAAGUCUAUAUGGACUUGGCAUCUCUACACGCAGCUACCAACUCCUUUUCUGAUUCAAAUUUGCUUGGACAAGGUGGUUUUGGCCCAGUUUACAAGGGUAUACUGAGUGAUGGAAGAGAAGUAGCAGUCAAGAGGCUUUCAAGCUGUUCUGAACAAGGUUCAGAAGAGUUCACAAAUGAAGUUCUACUUAUAAUGAAACUCCAACAUAAAAAUCUUGUCAGGCUUUUGGGUUUUUGUGUAGAUGGAGAUGAAAAACUGCUUGUAUACGAAUACAUGCCCAACAGCAGUCUAGAUGUCAUUCUAUUUGAUGGCAAGAAACGUGCGCAACUUGGUUGGAGCGUACGUCUAAACAUCAUCAAUGGAAUCGCAAAGGGAAUUCUUUACCUUCACGAGGAUUCUAGACUUAGAAUCAUUCAUAGAGACUUAAAAGCUAGCAAUAUAUUAUUAGACAGUGACAUGAAUCCCAAGAUCUCAGACUUCGGAAUGGCAAGGAUUUUUGCAGGAAAUGAAGGAGAAGCUAAUACUGCUACAAUAGUUGGGACCUAUGGAUAUAUGGCUCCAGAAUAUGCUAUGGAGGGGCUAUACUCAGUAAAGUCAGAUGUAUAUAGCUAUGGAGUACUGUUGCUUGAGAUCAUAACUGGGAAAAGAAAUGCUGGCUUUCAUCAAACCAAACGUGCUCCUGGUCUCCUAGCAUAUGCGUGGCAGCUAUGGAAUGAAGGAAGAGGUGUGGACCUGAUUGACCCAUUAUUAGUGGAUGAUUCAUGUGAAGUAGAUGAAUUUGAAAGAUAUUUGCAGAUUGGAUUAUUGUGCGUUCAAGAAGAUGCAUAUGACAGGCCAACCAUGUCUUAUGUUGUUUUAAUGUUGAAAAGUGAAAGUACAACUCUUUCCCACCCCAAACGACCUGCCUUCUUCAUGGGGAGGUUCACCGAUGAUCGACAUCAUGAUGAAGAUGAAGCGGGUGUUAACAGUUUCUCCGUCAAUGGUCUCACAGUUUCUAAUAUCCACCCACGAUGCAGCACUUUUUUUUUUUUUUUUUUGUUUUUUUUCCCCUCUGUAAUGCAUCAACCAUCAGCGAUGGUUUUCACUACAAUCUUAACGCUUUCAAUGCUCUCAACCCUUUCGGGUGCAGAUCCUCUGUACACAUUCUGUCCAACCAAUUACGGAAAUUAUACUCCUAAUAGCCAAUUUGAAAAUAACCUCAAAAGCGUUCUUAAUGCAUUAUCUUCAAGUCCUAUCCUAACCGAUUCUCUUCCAGGAUUCUCCAACACCUCCAUUAUAGAUAGCUCUGACAGUAGUGUUUAUGGACAAGCACUUUGUAGAGGGGAUAUUGACUUCAAGGCUUGUAAAGUUUGCAUCCAAAGUGCAAGUCAAGAGAUCUUAAACACUUGCAAGACCAAAGAUGGAAUCAUUUGGUAUGAACAUUGUCAGGUGCGAUACUCCUUCCGGAUUUUCUCUUCUUUGAUAGAUAAUAGCGGCAAGUUUCCGGAUCAUAAUAAGCUGGAGAAGAGUGUAUCAAAUCCAGUUCGAUUUGAGAAGGAGUUGAUGGACUUAAUGAACGGCCUCUCGAACCAAACCGUGUCUGAUCCUUCUAAGCGAAUGUUUGCCACAGGAGAAACCAAGUUUUCGGACAAGGAAACAAUUUAUGGUCUGUCACAGUGCACCAGGGACCUCUCUCCAGAUUCCUGCGAUAACUGCCUGCAAGAAACCUUGGGAGAUCUUCAGUAUUGCUGCUCUUCUCAUGAAGGUGGGAUUGUUCUCAGCAAGGGCUGUAACGUGAGGUUUCAGCUGUACAGAUUUUACAACUUUGCUUCAAAGAAAGACAUUCAUCAAGCAGGGUUUAAAUGGAAGAUUUGGACGGUGCUGGUGGUUAUAGGCGCAUCAACUUUGGUAGCAGCAGUUGUAUUUGUGUGCUAUGCUGCAUAUCUCCGGUCGAAUCGAUUACAACAAGAGGAUAAAAGCCAGCAAGCUUUGAUGCAUGAUUUAGCAAGCUCCACGGUUGUCACAAUUACACAAGAUGGAAAUUUUGUCCGUUCUGAGGAACUGCAGUUCGUGGAUCUGAGUACUAUACAAGUGGCUACGGACAACUUUGCAGAUUCAAAUAAGCUCGGACAAGGUGGUUUUGGCACUGUUUACAAGGGUGUGCUAGCUGAUGGGAAGGAAGUAGCUGUCAAAAGACUAUCAAGGAAGUCGUGGCAGGGUUUAGAGGAACUUAAAAACGAGGUCAUACUUAUUGCAAAACUUCAACACCGGAACCUAGUAAGGCUCUUGGGAUGUUGCAUCGAGGGAAAUGAAAAGCUGCUGUUGUAUGAGUACAUGCCUAACAGAAGCCUUGAUAUUUUCAUCUUCGACUCAGAAAGGCGGUCUCAACUUGAUUGGCUGACAUACUACAACAUUAUUUGUGGAAUCGCCAGAGGACUUCUUUAUCUUCAUGAGGACUCUCGGCAUAAAAUAAUUCACAGGGAUCUUAAGCCCAACAAUGUGUUAUUAGACAAUGAAAUGGUUGCCAAAAUAUCAGAUUUUGGGAUGGCAAGGAUAUUUGGUGAAAACCAGAACACAGCUAACACUAAAAGAGUAGUAGGCACAUAUGGAUACAUGGCUCCGGAAUAUGCAAUGGAGGGCCUAUUCUCCAUAAAAUCUGAUGUUUUUAGCUUUGGUGUAAUCUUACUUGAGAUAAUUAGUGGUAAAAAGAAUAGCGGAUUUUACCUCACAGAACAUGCACAGACUCUUCUUGCAUAUAUUUGGCGAUUAUGGACAGACGGAAAAGAAUUGGAAUGUGUGGACCCUCUGCUGAUAGGAUCAAGCCCAAUAGAAGAGGUUGUGAGAUGCAUACAUAUUGGACUUUUGUGUGUCCAAGAAGAUCCAGCAGACAGACCCACCAUGUCAGAUGUGGCUGUGUUACUAGGAAAUGAAUCUUUAUCUUUACCUCUUCCUGAACCAAGACAGCCAGCAAUUGCCGUGGGUAGAGUUGUUCCAGUUGAUCAGACUGAUACAAACCCUUCACUGAAUGGCCUCACUAUUUCAAACAUUUUACCACGCUGACAAUGUUUAUAAUCUGCUUUCUUAUGUAGUGAGAUUGUAUAAUGAAAUGCAUUAUGUAAUACAUAUCAUAAUAGCAUGUUUCAUAAGGAUAUGGGGUGCAAUGUUAACAAUGCAUCUCAGAGAAAGUC